AUGGAUUAUCAGAAAUUAUUUAGUGUUAUUCCUAAAGAACCUCGAAGAUGGACUUAAUGUGAUGUUGAAUAAUGGUUAGAAUUUAUUGGAUUACAUGAUUUAUCAGAUGUAUUUUGUAAAGAUUAAUUAUGAUAAUUAAUAGAGAGAAAUGCUAUAGAUGGAGCUUGUUUGGAAGUAUUGAAUGAAGAUGAUUUGAAUGAAUUAGGGGUUAAUUCUAAUGUUAAAAAGAAGAAGAUUUUAUAAUGGAUUCAAAAUGGAUUUAUAGAAUAUAAAUAAUUUGUUAGAAACAAUGUCGGUUAAAGUGAAUGGUCGAUAGCAAGCAAACAAAUAAUAAAUAAAGAAAAUCUUGAUUACACACCAAUUUAGAGAUUAAAUGACUUCAAACCAAGAAGAGAUAGCUUUUAAGACAAUCAUAAAGUUGAAUUAGUUGAAUCAAUGAAAGUCGUUGAAGCACCAUAAAUCUUAAAAUAACCAAAAUAAAAUUUAGAAGCUACAAAGAUUCCAUCAUAUCCAAAUUCAAUAAAGUAAGUAGCAAUUACUUAUACAAUGGAAAUUGUUUGUAUAGCUGAUAAUUAGAAGAUGAGUAUCACAGAGAAAGGAUUGAGUAUUGGAAGGAAUCCUGAAAAUACUUUAGUAUUGAGUGAAGAUUAUGUAAGUAGAAAUCAUUGUUUAAUUGAAUUUGAUUAAAAAACAAAGAAUUUCUAUUUAAAAGACACAGGUAGUACUUCUGGAACAUUUUUAUUAUUGAUGUAACCUUCUUUAAUGCGAUUGGGAUUAAUUAUACAUAUGGGAAGCAUGUAAUAUAAAAUAGAAUAAAUGGUUUGUAAUAAUUAAUAAUGUGAUGUUGUUUUAAGAGUAAUUGAAGGAUAAUAGAAAAAUUAAAAGUUUUCAUUUUAAUUAAUAAAGAAUUAGAAUUGUCUUAAGUUUGGUCGAUAGUUAGAUUAAUUUAGAAUGGAUACAGUAUGAUUAAUUAAUAAAUAAUAGCAUUUAUCUGGAAUUCAUGCUUAAUUUAGUUAUACAAAUGAUGGAUUGAUUUUAGAAGAUAUGGGAAGUAGAAAUGGAGUUUGGGUUAGAUUGAGUGAAUAAAGUUAAUAAAGUGAAAGAGUUAAAUUAAUUUAAGAUAGAUAAUUUAGACUUGGUUAUGAAAAAAUAUUUUUGUGUAAUAUAAAUAAUAUUAAAUGAAUAAUAAUUAAGCUAAUGGAGCAAUAUCUAUAAAAUUAGUAGUAGUAGGUGACGGUAGUGUUGGCAAAACAUGCAUUUUGAUUAGGUAAUAUAUUAAUGUUAUAAUAGAUAUACACAAGAUAAGUUUCCAACAGAUUAUGUACCAACUAUAUUUGAGAAUUAUUGUGCAUAAGUAUUAUAUGAGAAUAAAAUGGUUAAUCUGAACUUAUGGUAUUAUAAAAUGAAAUUUUAAUAUAAAGGGAUACAGCAGGACAAGAAGAAUAUAAAUAAUUAAGAUCUAUAAGUUACCCUCAAAGUGAUGUCUUUUUAAUUACAUUUUCAGUUGAUGAUACGAGUUCAUUUUAAAAUGCUAUAAAAAAAGUAUAGGAAUUUAUUUAAGAUAACUUAGUGGUAUCCUGAACUGUAAGCAGAUCAACCGAAUGUUCCUAAAAUAUUUAUAGGAAAUAAAAUUGAUAUGAGACCAACAGAAAAUGUUAAUGACACUUAAUUUGUGACUUAUAAUAUUGCUUAAAAGGUUGUAUCAGAUCUUGGAUGCAAAUAUAUUGAAUGUAGUGCACUUAAUGGAACCAAUUUAAAAUAAAUAUUUUAGGAAGCUGUAAAAUAAGCAAUGAAAAAGAAAUUCCCAUAGUAAACAACUUAAAAUGCUGGAACAUCUAAACCUUAAACUGGUGCCUAAAGAAAGACAAACUCUAGUGAUAAUGCUGAUGCAAGUGGAAAAUGUUCUAUUCAAUGAUUGCAU